AUGCUGUUCGACCAAUCGAAAGUUUUCGAGGGUGCGACGCUCUCUUGGUGUGAUAGGAUCGUUGGUGAGUUUUUUCUUUCGAGGUGGACUCCCAGUAGUGCUCUACUUGGCGGUACGGCGGGGUUUAGGUCGAAUGGGGAUCCUGUGAAUUAUCCUCUUUUGCAGUUAAAUUGUGAAGAUGUUAAAAUGUUGUUUUCAUCAGCUGGUGAUAGAUGGUGGGGGUUAGUUGAGGAUAGCGGUACUAGUAUUGUCUGCGAUGAAGUUAAUAACCAAACGGGUACAGACAGUAAUUUGUUUCAUUGUAUUAUUCCAUUAGGAAGCGGCAGUUUCGGAACGGUCUUGUUAGCGCAAAGUCGACUACACCCCACUCGUUUUUUCGCUGCGAAAGGGUUAACACAACUAUUACAGUCUUCUCUUAUGGCCGAACACGAGAUACCAGGAGGGAAGCAGGAUAUGAUGGAAGUGUUGCGUCAAAUUGUUCAUGGUGAAGUCUAUGAAACUUCACAGCAACAUCCUGCUCUUUGUAACUUUGUACGAGAAACUCAAGUGACACUUUCACUUCCAUCACAUCCUCAUAUUGCGCGGUGUUAUGGUAUUGUUUUUGCUACUUCUCCUGUGAAGGAUGAAAGGCGAAUUAUGCAUUCAGUAUCGUCAUCACGUUUGCCAUCACCUACUAUUUCUUCUGCCUAUAUGUUAAUGGAGUUAGGUACUGGUGGAACUCUUGGGGAUUUUUUCCGUCGUUACAAAGAAUAUCUCGCAGAAGAACAUCUUAUUUGUCUCAUAUCACAAUUACUUAAAGGACUCGUCUGCAUGCAUAAAAAUGGUGUUUUACAUCGAGAUAUUAAGCCAUCAAAUGUUCUUGUACGUCGACGUUCUAGUAGUGCAUGGGAAAGUGAUACAGAACUUUUUUUUGUAGAUUUUGGUAUUGCAGCGGUGGUUGGAGAUGCUAAUUGUGAGACUGAACGUACACUUAUUGGUUCUGGGGCCUAUUCUCCACCUGAGAUCGCACGUUAUUGGGGUUACCGUAGACAAUGUCCAUACUCAUACGCCUCUGAUAUAUGGAGUAUGGGUGCUAUAUUUUAUGUCCUUUUGACCUGCGGUGCAUCUAAGGUAGAGGAUGGAAUGUCUGCAGUCUUCUUGGAUGGAUUAUUGCCAACACCUGCAGCUGUGGCCUCAUUUCAGCUUCGUGUUGCACGUGGUGAAUACCCUUCACUGAUGGAAUUAAAGAAAAUUCCUCUUGUCAGUAAUGAAACUCUCUCUCUUUUACGUCAACAUCUCGCUUAUCAACGUACGAAAAAUGUCACAUUUGGUAAUAAUAACUCCGAAAUAGACUACACAAGAUAUACAACCGUAUUGGAUGGGAAAAUGGAGAUUGAAGGUACAGUAAAGGGUGAUUGGCCAGAAUGGGCCUUAACUGUUGGAGCUCAAGUGAUGGCAAGAAAUCUUCAGCGUCGUCAAUUCUCAGAUGAUUUUCUUAAGCUUAUUGAUUUAAUGAUGAUAGCAAACCCAGCUGAUCGACCAACAGCUGAAAAAUUACUUCUGGAAUUUCCUAUAUUUGCAAUACGUAUGCCAUGGUGGGAAAAGGCAUUAGAUAGAACUCUAAGACGCAUUGAGGAAGGAGAAGAAGAUGUACUAUUGGAUGUAUGUGUCGGUGAAAGUGAUGAGGAAGAAGAAGAGGAUGAAGAGGAAAUUGCAGUUAUGCGGAGAACUAUGAUGCCACUUAUUCUACCUGCAGAAAAUGACGGUUACGUUCCACAUAACAUUAUCCAUUGGUGGCACCUUGAUUUUACUAAAGGGGAACCUGAUUAUAGGAAAUGGUUCUCUAUUACUUCUCUUCUUGGUUGUCUCCUUGAUGCGUUACGAAGAUUGAGAGGAUUUGAAAUAGACUCUGAUUCAGGAACUAAUGAACGCAAACCAGUUACAUUAUACUCUCCAACAGCACUUCACUUUGUUGAACGAGUCUUUGAUCGGGUUAAUUCCAGUGAUAUCAGCGUAGGAGCUUGUUGUGAUGGACCUCUUCUAAAAGAACUUGAAGCUCGUAAUCUUAAUAGUAAUUUCUUUAUUCAUGUACAAAUAAAAAUAUACGUAACUCCAGAAGCUGACAAGAUUCAUCUCUCAAGUACUUGGUGUGAUGAGUAUGACAUAGCGGAUGAAGAAGAAAUGUCACGUCAUGCAAUGGAGGUAUUGGUUGCUACUACAUACGCUUAUCUAAAUCGUCGUCAAGAGGGAGUGCCUCUUGAAGCAGCAUUGCAAGCGUUGGACUGGGUAAGUUGGCAUAUUGGUAAGAAUGAAAUCGAUUCAAAUGGGAAGAGAGAACGCUGCUUUACUCUGGAGUACCUCGCAGCAGCACCAAGAGAGGUGGAAUCACAGUUUUUUGGUAAAAAAAUUACUGGGGAUAUUACUAGCGUCUUCCGGAUCUGGCGUGCGAACUUGGACGACGCCCUGCGUUGUUCACUGCGUGACACCUCUACCACCAUCUCCACCUCCACAACCUCUAUUACUGCGAGUACUGCUGUAGCUAACCCACAAACAGAUAAGUCUCACUAUAAUGAAUUUUUAAAAGAAAGUAUGAAGGGAGUGCUCGGUAUUCUUAACUCUGCCGAAGUAGAGUUACAGAAGAAACAAGUUGUGUCCGAAGAGGACCAGGGAUUAUUACAAGGACUUCUUGUACAGCAGUUUUGUGUAAGACAACCUCCUUCUGUAAAGGCAUGUAUGCGCGUUUUUGAAGAUAUGGCUGAUGACUCCCAUAGUGCUUCCCUCCUUGUUGAAGAAUGGAUUCGCAAUUCAAUCUUUAAUACAGAAGGUUCUAUGGUCUUGUUACCGGAGAACUCUAUUUAA